UCUUGUCUUCAGCACUUUCAGUUCUCCAAGUUUUGAUAGCACGGUUGUAUCCGAUCUGCACUCAUGCACUCAACCAACAAUCAAGCACUCUUGGCUUUACUCUUGGCCGAGUUACGUUACCAGAACUCAAACGUGAAGAUAAUUUGUGGCCACAAGAAGAGCGAAACAAAAAUGGACGACAUGGUCACCUCGCGAGAAGAAAUGCUCAACUCGGACAACUUCUGUGCGUCGUACCCCGAGUUACCGGUGUUAAAUCUCACCGAUCCAGCAGUAGCAAGUCGGUACGAGUACAAGCCGUUCCCAGCUGCUUUAGUGGCUGCUAUCUACCCGGGUAUCGCGCUGCUCGGCCUCACGACAAACUUGUUGUUUCUACUCACAGUUUAUCGUGUCAAGUCCAUGAGAACACUGACGAAUGCUUACUUGAGUAACUUGGCAAUAUCGGACGUGAUGUUCCUGUCGACAGGAGCAGCCUUUGGUUUUUGGAAGUACGUGUCCACUCCAGUAACGUCUGAUUUCUCGAUACUGGGCGGGGUCCACGGCUGUUUUCUGACGCAACAGGCAAACGCCAUCCCCAUCUUUGCAUCUACCUUAAUGGUAACUGCGGUAACCAUCGAACGUUAUCUGGCUAUCUGCCAUCCAUUGCGUCACUUGAAAUUCAGAUCUAAAAGGCGCACUGUUAUUGUCAUAGCCUCAACGUGGUUCGUUUCUAUGUGUCUCGCGGCCAUGUUGUUUCCAAGCAGUACAAACUACGUCACACUUUGCGUCAUGUGGCCGGAUGAUGAGUACUUCGUUAACUUUCCAGGCCUAAUUUCGUACUGUGGUGGUGCGAAUGAUAACUGGUCUACGGUCCUAGCAUUUUGUGGUUUAACAAUCCCAUUCAUCGUGGAGAUUGUUGUUUGUUUCGCCUUAUUCUGCUUAAUACUGCGCAAACUCAGUGUGCGAAUUGGCGGCAUUGGCAACAACGCCAGUAAUAAUAAUAACUUUAAAAACACGCGGGAUCAAGUUGCGAAAAUGUUAGUGAUCACCGGCGUGACAAUAUUCAUCCUACUCACACCUCGCACUGUAGUUACGAUCUACUAUUACAUCAAAUUGUUCACUGGUGUCCAGGGUUUUUCUUCCGAUACUGAAACCGUUCUCUUUAUAUCGACCAAUCUUCUUGUGUACGUGAAUUCCGUAGUCAACCCGAUCAUCUACGCGUUCGCCAACGAACGGUAUCGAGUGGCGUUCCUUAAAGCAGUCAGAUGUUGUCCUCGGCGCUCUAGAAGUAAUUCGUCUCUUCGGCUGCAUGAAUAUUGUAACAGCAACACCAAAACAACCAAUACAUAG